UAUAACUAAACUGCAAAUAUAUUUGAUAUUUAGCCAUCAACAAAAAAUAUCAGUCCGUCAAAAUCUGCAUGAUCCUAUUAGACUGACCAAUAAAAUAUAAUACAAGUUCUGAUAUAUAAAAUAUAAUCUAGAGGAUUUAAAUAUGACUAAUGAAAAUAAAGAUAUUAAAAUCUAAAAUUCGAGAAAAUUAAUAUACUAUGCAGAUCUCGUUUUAAUCUAAUACCCCCUCAAAUUCUUUAUAAAUUAUUCGCAAAUCAGAGAAUCAAUCAAUUUGUUUUACUAGAGACAAAAAAUUUAUGUCUAAUACGAAUAUUGUCGAUUCAAGCAUAGCUGCAGUGAUUUCUAGAUUAUGUACACAUCCUCUUGACACCAUUCGCGUUCGUCUUCAAGCAAACACAACAAAUACGUUUUCACGUUCAAACGGCAAAUUAGUUAAUAAUUUAUUUAUUCAAUUAAUCCGAAAAACUCCGAUUAAAAGUUAUUAUAAUGGACUUGCAAUAGCAGCAAGUUUAGGUAUACCAGCAUUAUCCUCUUAUCUUUUCGUUUAUGAUAAAACAAAAUAUUUUUUAUCGAAUAGACUAAAUAUUAAAGAUACCAGCGCGUUAAAUUAUAUGGCAAGUGCAGCUAUAGCAGAAAUAUGUAGUGGAGUGUUUUGGACCCCAAUGGAAGUUUUAAAAAGCAAAUUACAAACUUGUGGUACGAGCAAUGAAAUGAAUAGAAUCAAUACUUUACAAAUGUCAAAAUUAAUUUUAGAAAAUGAAGGAAUUAAAGGUUUUUUUCGCGGAUAUUUACUAUCUUUAGUUGUUUUCAUACCACAUACAAUGAUUUAUUUUGUAUUGUAUGAAAAAUUUAAAAUAUGGACAAAAAGCGAGAGAAAAUUAACAAACAAUGACUAUUUAAUUAAUUCAGCAGCUGCAUGCUCGAUUGCAGGUUCUAUUUCUAAUGUUUUAGAUAUUAUUAAAACUAGAUGGCAAGUUUCUUUCAGUAAGGAAACUCCUUUAAAGAUCAUGAAAAAUAUGUAUAAAAAUGAAGGAGGAUUACGCGCUUUUACUAAAGGCAUGGGGGCUAGAGUGCUAUGGAUGGUGCCAAGUUCCUCUAUCAGCAUGACGAUAUACGAAAUUCUAAAAAAUAAAAGAAAAAGAAUUUCAUCUUAAAUUGUCAUAUCAAAUAAAAUCUUUUAAUAGAUUAAUUAAUCAGAGUUAUCAGAUUGACUACACUUUACUAGUCUGAUAACAAGUGUCUUUUGGGGACGUUAGCCUAAAAGUAGUUAUACUAUGCGAACUUGCGAAGCACUUCCGACAAUGACGACAUCAAAAUAAGCUAUUUAGAAAUCAUAAAAAUGGAA